AUAUAAACCACCAGGCCCAUAACAUAUCCCCAUUGUCAGUUUGUCACCUCACCGGCGCCAUAGCCGUACUCUCUGAAACUACUUCCCACUUUCUCAGAGACGGAGACGCUCCGUCUUCUUUUUCUCAAAUAGAGCAUUAAGAAAUUAGGGUUUUAGGAUUUUUUAGAACGGGAGAACAAUCGCGUCAACAGCAAUGGAGAGCGCCUUCGCAAACGCCUCGGCGAUCACGGACCAGAGGCAGAAGAUCGAGCAGUACAAGCACAUUCUCUCCUCCGUCAUCUCCUCCAACGACAUUAUCCACGCCAAGAAGUUCAUCGAUCACAUGCUAUCGGAUGAUGUGCCGCUAGUCGUGUCGAGGCAGCUCUUGCAGACUUUUGCGCAGGAGUUGGGGAGAUUGCAGCCCGAGGCGCAGAAGGAUAUUGCUAAGUACACUCUUACUCAGAUUCAGCCUCGUGUGGUUUCCUUCGAAGAACAGGUGUUGAUUAUUAGAGAGAAACUUGCUGAGCUUUAUGAGUCAGAACGGCAGUGGUCGUUAGCGGCACAAAUGCUGAGUGGAAUUGAUUUGGACUCUGGAAUGAGGGUCAUUGACGAUGGCUAUAGAUUGUCAAAGUGCGUCCAAAUUGCUAGCCUGUAUCUCGAGGAUGAUGAUGCUGUUAAUGCCGAGGCAUUCAUUAACAAAGCUUCAUUUUUGGUUAGCAACAGCCAGCAUGAAGUGUUGAACUUGCAAUACAAGGUUUGUUAUGCAAGGAUUUUGGAUUUGAAGAGGAAGUUUUUGGAGGCUGCAUUACGCUACUAUGACAUAUCUCAAAUUGAGAAGAGACAGAUAGGGGAUGAAACUAUCGAUGAGGAUGCAUUGGAGCAAGCUCUGACUGCUGCUGUAACGUGCACUAUUUUGGCUGCUGCUGGUCCUCAACGGUCUCGUGUCCUGGCCACUUUGUAUAAGGACGAGAGAUGCUCAAAACUCAAAAUUUAUCCUAUACUACAAAAGGUGUACUUGGAAAGGAUCCUGAGGAAACCUGAAAUUGAUGCAUUUUCUCAAGAACUAAAGCCGCAUCAGAAAGCACUGCUGCCAGACAACUUCACUGUCCUUGAUCGUGCGAUGAUCGAGCACAAUCUUCUAAGUGCAAGCAAGCUGUACACAAAUAUAAGUUUUGAGGAGUUGGGCACCUUGUUGGGUAUCCCUCCGCACAAGGCUGAAAAGAUCGCAUCAAGGAUGAUUUUCGAAGACAGAAUGAGGGGAUCAAUAGACCAGGUGGAAGCCGUCAUACAUUUUGAGGACGACACUGAAGAGCUGCAACAGUGGGAUCAACAGAUUGUUGGAUUGUGCCAAGCACUGAACGAUGUCCUUGAUAGCAUGGCGAAGAAGGGCUUAGCAAUUCCAGUCUGAUUCUUCUUUAAAGUCGAGUUGUCUUAAGCUGCUCUUUAAGAGCAUGUAAUGAAUCAGCCUUCGAGCAACCAUUUUGUACACACAAAUUAGAGAACCAUUUACGAGUGCCACUAUUUUGUGAAGUUUUGUGGCGUUUGGUAUCCUACUCGCGAAACUCUUUCAUUUUAGUGGAGAAUUUUAUUUGUUCAUUCUCUUUUUUUCGUCAUUUUCAUUCUUGUAAUCAUGUUAUUUGCCUCGAUACAUCGUAAAAAGCCA